AAGGGCUGUUCUCAGUUUUCAAUUUAGAAACCCUAAUCUCCGACCUGAUGGCCUCCGCUAACGAGCAGCGAGCCAGCGAUCCCAGGCCGAGCUCCUCUUCAGUCUCUGCAAGCAGACCGAUCCUGACUCGCUCUCACUCAAACUCGCUCACCUCCUCCAAAUCUCGCCGGCGCAGGAGGCCCGGACCAUGUCCGCCGUUCUCCUCCGCAGGCAGGUCACCCGCGACGACUCCUAUAUCUGGCCCAGGCUCUCCCCGACGACGCAGUCCAGCCUCAAUCGAUUCUCCUGUCCUGUAUUCAACGCGAGGAGGUCAAAUCGAUUUCCAAGAAGCUCUGCGAUACCAUCUCCGAGCUCGCCUCCGAAAUCUUGCCGGACAACGGCUGGCCGGAGCUCCUCACGUUCAUUUUCCGGAGAUAGGGAUAGGUUUCAGGACCUAUUGCCGGCGAUGAUGAGGACACUCAUGGAGUCUUUGAACAACGGGAACGAGGCCACGGCACAGGAGGCACUCGAGUUGUUCAUCGAAUUGGCUGGGACCGAGCCAAGGUUCCUCAGGAGGCAGAUUGUGGAGGUGGUUGGCUCUAUGCUGCGUGUUGCUGAAGCUGAGUCCUUGGAAGAAGGGACCAGACACUUGGCCAUAGAGUUUGUAAUCACUCUAGCCGAGGCCAGCGAGCGAGCCCCGGGGAUGAUGAGGAAGUUGCCGCAGUUUAUUAGUAGGUUGCUUGCCAUUUUGAUGAAGAUGGUUUUGGAUAUUGAGGAUGAUCCCUCAUGGCAUACUGCGGAGACUGAAGAUGAGGAUGCUGGUGAGAGUGGUAAUUACAGUGUUGGGCAGGAGUGUUUGGAUAGGCUUGCCAUUUCCUUGGGUGGGAAUACCAUUGUUCCCGUCGCGUCUGAGCAGUUGCUUGCCUAUUUGGAUUGCCCUUGCAUAGAUUGCUGAGGGUUGUUCUAAGGUAAUGAUAAAAAAUUUGGAGCAAGUGGUGGCAAUGGUCUUGAACUCGUUUCAAGAUCCUCAUCCUCGUGUAAGGUGGGCAGCUAUUAAUGCGAUUGGACAGUUGUCUACUGAUUUGGGCCCAGACCUGCAAGUUCAAUAUCAUCAACGGGUGCUUCCGGCAUUAGCUGCUGCCAUGGAUGAUUUUCAGAAUCCUCGUGUGCAG